CUCAGAGAGGAGGCAGAGCAGCUCAGGCCACACGAUGUAUACAACGUGACGAAGAGCAGGUCUUCUUGGCCAUGUGUUCAGAUAAUCAACAGACUCCUUGCCGGGACUGCGUUCAUGUACAGAAGAAAAAGGAACAAAUCAUGGAAUCCGAGGCGCUUUUCGUCUCCAAAGCCUGUCUCCAGAAGCAUGUCCUCAGACAUGCAGCCACGGUGCGAUGAAGCGGACCAAAAGACGCCACCAGCAUGACAGCAUGAAAGCAGUGGCCAUGGCUAUUAACCAUGAAGCUGGAGCCAGACACGCCCAUCGCUUCCGAUGCUCCAUCGAAUCCGGUGCUACAUUGAACACUCACUCUCUGAAUAUGCCAUCCAAGUGCGAGAAAGCCCAACGGACUGCUUAACACCAGCUGUUCCAUCAGAAUAGGAGGUGGCAACAAAAGACCAAAUGCCAUGGAUGUAUUUAAUUUCACCUACUCGAAUGCCUCUGAAGGCAAUGACACAGAAGCUGUGGAAGAGAGCAAAAGCGCCUACAAGACUGUGGAGGUGGUGUUCAUUGUGUUGGUGGCCGGUUCCCUCAGUUUGGUUACAGUUAUUGGAAAUAUCCUGGUCAUGCUUUCCAUCAAAGUUAAUAGGAACUUACAGACUGUCAACAACUAUUUUUUAUUCAGCCUUGCAUGUGCUGACCUAAUUAUUGGACUGUGCUCUAUGAACUUGUACACAGUCUACAUAGUAAUAGGGUACUGGCCCCUGGGGCCGGUGGUGUGUGACCUGUGGUUAGCCUUGGACUAUGUUGUCAGCAAUGCGUCUGUCAUGAAUCUUCUCAUCAUAAGCUUUGACAGAUAUUUCUGUGUCACCAAGCCUCUCAGCUACCCUGUCAAAAGGACCACCAAGAUGGCAGGAAUGAUGAUUGCUGCAGCCUGGGUCCUGUCUUUCAUACUCUGGGCACCAGCCAUUCUCUUCUGGCAGUUCAUUGUUGGUGGGCGGACAGUACCUGAAAAGGAGUGCUACAUUCAGUUCUUCUCUAAUGCCGCAGUCACUUUUGGCACCGCCAUCGCUGCCUUUUACCUACCUGUCAUCAUCAUGAUUCAGCUAUACUGGCAGAUCUCCAGAGCAAGCAAGAGCCGUGUGAAGAAGGAUAACCGCAAGCCAUCAGCAGCCAAUCCAGAGCCCCUGUCGCCUGGCCAGAGGAGGAACAACACACCAAAACCCAACAAUAACAACAUACCAGGGGAAGACACAGGGCGUUCCCAGAGCCAGAAUGCUGAUGAUGGAGCUAACCAGCAUGAUGGAAAACUGCAAAAUGGCAAAGGACCUUCCUCGACCACUGCUGAGGGAGAACCCGAAGGUGACGAUGUGGCAAGGGAGAACUGCGCUCCUGGAGAAGAGAAGGAGAGCUCCAAUGAUUCAACAUCAGGCAGUGUGGCUGCGUCCAAUCAGAGGGAUGAGGAGGCAGCACCCUCUGCCGCUAACUCAAGCAUAGAGACAAGCCAGCCACUCCCACGUCAGCGAGCCAAGGCAGGGGGCUCCAAGCUGACCUGCAUCAAGAUCAAGACAAAAUCACCCAAGGGUGACUGCUACACACCAUCCAACGCCACUGUUGAGAUCGUCCCAGCCUCAGAGCGGCAGAAUCACAUGGCACGGAAGAUUGUGAAGAUGACAAAGCAACCUCCCACCAAGAAGAAGAAAGUGCCGCCAUCACGGGAGAAAAAAGUGACCCGCACUAUAAUGGCCAUCCUGGUAGCUUUUGUAGCCACCUGGACUCCAUAUAAUGUGAUGGUGCUUAUUAACACCUUCUGCUCCAGCUGCAUCCCUAACACAGUGUGGACUAUUGGCUACUGGCUGUGCUACAUCAACAGCACCAUCAACCCGGCCUGCUAUGCUCUGUGCAAUGCCACAUUUAAAAAGACAUUCAAACAUCUUCUCCUCUGCCAGUAUAAAAAUAUUAGGUCAGCCAGAUAAAUAUGGGCCACUUAGGAGAAAGAGUUGAAGUAUGAGUUGAGUUUGUGUGUUUGUUUGUGUGGAUGUGUGUGUGAGGGUGUGGGUGUGGGUGUGUGAGAGAGAGAGAGAGAAAAGGGUUCAUGAGUAUGAUAAAGACUGCAGGAGUACAUUUGAAAUUAUUUUCCAUCAUUUUAUCAUUUGUUUUUUCAAUUUCUCUCUCAAUAACCGUUUGUAGCACUUUACACAAAUUCAUCUGAUGCCAGUUGCUUUGGGAUGUGUCAUGCAGAAGCAGCAUAGACAAGAAAGGUUGUGAAAAAUCCAGUUUUAUUCAGAGUUGGAAGCUCAAAAAGAUGAGGGUGUGUAAAGCAGGGAGUACUUGGGAUUGACACUGAGCUGAUGAAAAAUGAAAAAAAGAUAAAGAGUGGAGGAAGAUCUGCGCUGUAUGAAAACACAAGAAAACUUCAAAAUGGGAAAAUAGGGCUGACUGAAUUUACAAACCUCAGAAGUUUGAAGUUCAGUGAAGAUACCUGUAGAUAACUGUACAUAUCAGUGUAUACUCAAUAUUUAUGUGAGUGCACAUGUGGGUGUGUGCUGGCUCGGAGUAUGGGUGUACACCCAUGUGUGCCCCUCUGCUUGCCUUCUUUCUAUCUGUCUGUGAUCCUCAUCGUGGUACUUCCAACCAGCGACAUGUAGAAUAAAGUGGGGCAGCAUGUGUAGAUUGCCUCUCACAUGGUCACAUCAGGGCUGGAAGCUAUGCCAUCUACCAAUGAGCCCCUAUGGGAAUGAGUUUCCAUUAAUACAUAAUAGAUAUAAAUAUAUUAAUGCUGCACUUGUCAACAUCGUAUGCUGGUGGGCCCAACAGGUGACUAGAAAUAAUCUCGAACUUAAAAGGUUGGUUAAGCCAAAAAUAUUGGAGGUGAAUGCACCUCCAUUUAAUGCUGCUGUUUACAGCAUGCUAGUGAAUGCUGUAAACAACAGCAUGUCUUUCCAAAAACAAUGUCCUGGUUACACAGUCCUCGCUGACAAGAGAUUUUCAUUAGAACCACUUUCUAAUGAAGAAAUAGUCUCUGUCACAGACAAAUGAUUUUUUUGUAAUUUGUAUAAACCAACUCUUAAAAAGGAUGUUAACCCAUUUUGUGCCAUAAAAUAGAAACAUAUUUAUCGAAUGGAUGGAGACAUACAACUACUAAUUUGGACUAAUCAGCUGAAUCAGUGAUCCUGCUAGAGAAUGAACCCAUACUUUGAUUUGAAGGAACAGUUCGACAUUUUGGGAAAUAUGCGUAUUCUCUGUCUUACUGAGAGUUAGAGAAGACUGAUACCACUCAUGUCUGUAGAUAUGAAGCUGAAGCCAGGAUACAGUUAGCUUAGCUUAGCAUAAAUACUGAGAGCAGGGGGAAACAGCUAACCUGGCUCUGUCCAAAGGUUAAAAAAAAUCUGUCUGCCAGAACCUCUAAAGCUCACUAAUUAACAUGAUAGAUCUUGUUUGUUGUAUGCCCAUAAACAGUGUAGUGUAAAAACGGCAUGUUGAGGUUUUACAAGGUUUUUGUGUGGGUUUUUUUGACAAGGAGCAAAAGUUUCCUGAAUUCUUGUCGUCACUGCACCGGCCAAGAAAUAAUCCCUCACAUAUUCCCCAUAAAACCACAACUUGGAUUUUUACAAAAGAAAACUCACUGAAUACAACCAAUCAUGGAUCAACUGACAACAAACAACAAGACUUAUGACUUGAUAGAAAAACAAUGUGGCAUUGGAUUGUUCAGUCGCACUCUUUGAUUUGCCAGCCAUUUAUACCAAAUCCCAUCAGCUUUUACAACUGUUGAGAGGAAGUCUGAUGUAUAUUUUAUGGUGGUUAUUAAGAUGUUUAUGUUUGCUAUCAAGUUAUUCAACCCUGCUAGGAAUCUUCCUACUCUUUGAGUGAAACAGGUGGCCGGAGCUCAGAGCUGUGGCUUAUUACAGUCUGUGGGAAGGCACUGUGUGCUGUGUGUGUUUUUGGGUUGUUUUUUUCUUUGGUGUGUGUGGAUGAGUGGGAGACGUCAUUUGAUCUUGCUGAUUAGUGGAUUGAUGUCACAGCGUGUACUGUACUGCACUGUACUGAUGAUGAUUGUGAAGACCUGGGUGUUUGUGUGUGUGUGUGUGUGUGUGGGUGCUUUUGUGUGAGGCGCAUGUGGGUAUACAUGCUGGCGUGUGUUAGCUCCAAGAGUGGAGUUUACUUCUGAUCACAGGUCACCACCUUGUGAUUUAAAUAAGGGCUAUUUCUGCGUCUUUACUGUCCAUUUUUUGUAAUCCAUCUUCUUUUUUAUUUCGAAAAUGAACAAGCGAGUUAAUUAAUUAUAUAUAAAUCAUUACAUUCUUAGAUGAAAAUUAAUAAAUAGUUGUGCUUAUUUUAAUUCUAAAAGAAAUGAGAAAAUAUUAAUUUACUGUAAGACAUGUUCUGUGUAUUUAUGCAUGUCAUCCAUCAUUUCAACCUAUUAGAUAAUUCUCAGUUACAUUAAUGUAUGCUCACCAGUUGUAGUGAUGAAUAUGCAUGAGCAUUUGCCAUCAGGAGGCUGCCACAGUGGCUGGUAGGGGGGCUUUGCACAGAAUUACUCCUGCACCAAAUAGCUCCUCAAGUCUGUCUCCUUAAAGAGAGAUCUGGGACAGAUCCUGUAAUGAAAACUCACCAUGAGGCUGAUCAGAUUAUGGGACGAUGUGGAACACCUACAUUUGAGAUUAAAGAUUGCCCAUUACAUGCUCAGCUUGUGCUUGCAUGCUACACGUUCAUGCCCCACUUAGUGCUCCACUCAGUCCUGAUCCUGUUAUAGUCUCUACCUCAUAUACGAGGUCAUGAAUGUAAUGUAAAUAUCACAUGUACAUUCAUUAGCUUGCUCUAUCAUUAAUUCUCCUUUUAUCUUUCUCCUGCGCUCAUUCCAGCUUCACUUCCUGCUAUAUUUCACUGUAAAGCUCAUAUAUGUGCAGAGUCAGUGCAGGAUAAACAUCCUUUGUCACAGAAAUAAAUCCCAAUUUUGCAUUGAACGGGCACACUGAUAUUUACAUUUCUUUGCUGGCAACCUACAGCAAAAUGGUAAAUGCUAUGUUAAAAUACCAGGCAUCCAGAAGCUGUGGAUGCAUCUCCAGCAUGUAUCUGUACAUCAGUGGUGGAGGAACUAUUCAGAUGCGUUACUCAAAUUAAAGUUGCAAUACCACAAUGUAAAAAUUCUCUAUUUCUUUAAAAGUCAUGCAUUCCGAAUUUGAAAACUUUUCAACCUGAUUUCAAAUCAUUUGUUUUUCUUUCUAAAAUAAAACUUUAAUAGUCAAAAACUCAGCUAGUCUGUUUCAUCAUGUCUGAUGUGGUUUGAUCAGAUCUGAUUAACAGUGGCCUGGCAACAUGAACAAACAACCCAACAGUCAUCAGAUUUUGAUUGAAAUGUUACUAAAUUCUUAUAAGUCCACACUUUUUUCCAACUGAGCCCCGCCCACUUCAAACCAGUGAGAAAAGUUCAAAGAACAAAUAUUUCUCACGAAAUCUCUCACGUGAAACCAAAACUGUUUUAACUUUGGCAGAAAAUUGUUCAUAUAGGACCCCAUUGCUCAUAGUAAGUAGUAAAUAUGUUUUCAGGGCCUUUAACAGAAAGCCUGUAUUACAAACUGGGUGCGUGGACUUUCAAAUGGCACUACUGAGUUGCAUUAUGGGAAGUGUAGAAUCCAGUGUCUUUGGAGUGUGACCAAUGCUAGGGACUAAAAGCCCUCUAAUCUCACCCUCUGCUGCAUCAAUUUAGGCUAUUCUAAAAUGUCUCCUGCGAAUCCCACAGCUUUAUGAAAGUGUAGACCUGAAACAAUUAGUUGAUCAAUUGAUUAGUUAGAUUACAUAGAUUAUGUAAGCAGCAUUUAAUGUUGCACAGAUAACAGGGCAUCAUUUUAUAAGCUGCUCAUAUGUUUUAUAUGUACAAGUACCUUAAAAUUUUAGAAUAAGAGUAUAGUAUUUGAGUAAAUAACCUUUCCACCACCGCUGCACAUACUGUACAUGGAUGGUCCAUGUUUAUCUAUCUGAGUAGUUUCAGCAGAACAAGACAUCCAUCCAAGUUCAACAUCCAACCAUCCGUCACGGUGAUAAGGCGAGCCGUUUCUGUCUGACAUCUGUCACACAUCUCAGUAGUGGGUAAAGAGCCUUCCAGAAUAUCUGAUUAAUCUUUGCUAAGCUGUCGUUUGAGUGAUACCAGCAGGAGAGUAAGUGGCUCACAGCUCAAGCGGAGGUCCAGGGGUCCCAGUUUGAGCAGCUGCUUGGGUGUCUGACGGAAGGGGAUGGCAGUUUAUCACCUCCUGGAGCGGGAAAAGGGCGAGAUACAUCUAAAAAACAAAAGUGCUUACCGUGGUUAUCUCCACUCCAUGCACUUUGAACAUCAAGAACAAAGUUCUCAUGAACCGUUUCGCUCCCCCUGCUCCUGUUGCCAAGUUGAUGAACAGAUGAGAACAAAACAACGUUCUUGUAUCAGGCGUUGUCUUUUGUGUUGGAAAGUGAAACGGGGGAACGUGGGCUUAUGAAAGAACGAGAAAGCGUUGUUAGGUGACAGUGAAAGAGAAUGGCUGUCAUGCAUGUGAGGGAGAAAGGCGGCUGAUAGCCCCCAAGGUGUACACUUUGCACGAUAAGCUUGCCUCUGUAGUCAUGGCUACUGGGUGGGGGGUGAGCGAGACAAAAUCCAAAGCUAGAGGAUCACGCUGCAUGUGGACCAUGUUUGGAGAAGUCACAGCCGUUCUGGGCAGGUCAGCCAAGGGUUUUGCUGCAGGAAUCCCUGACGAAACCCGCUGCCUGGUGUAAACACAGUGUGAUACAGCGCUGUUUACCAUCCCUCCUGCACUUUUAUUGCAUCUCAUUCUCAUGUUGUGCAAACAGAAUCCACCGUUUCUUGGUUAUUAUGAUCAUAACCUUAUUAUAUUUUACAAAUCCAUUCUAAUGCAUAUACGCUCACAUACAGAAUAUAUAUUCUGAUGUUCGUCUGUCUAAUGUACUAGACUAACUAGAAUAAACAUUGUCUCUAUUGUUAUCAACUGAUCAUAAUGUGCCGUCAGAGCUAGCUGGGCUCCUCUUCAUACGGCUUAUGUCAAAGGGCUAAAAUCCUUUUACGGAGUACAUAUGACAUGUAACGAUUAUCAGAGAUGACUUCAAAUUUAAGGUUUCUCUGGCUUCACUCUUGGGGCUGUUGCUGAGAAUAAGCUCAACAAACUUCUGCAGCCUUGCAGAGGUGAAAACGCAGCAGCUUGUACAUGCUGUGAUAAUUUUAUCAGAAAAUGUAUAUCGCCAGAUUGUACAGAGCAAUUUUAAGUGCCUUAUCCAGAGUGACAUAAACAAAUUGCUCUUUUAUCCUAAAAUCCCUGUUGUAUCUUGCUGAAAGUUGUAGGUGGUGCUGCAGUGUGAUGAUGUUAAAGAGCUUGUUAUUCAGCCUUCCUAAAUUAUCUUUUUUCCUUUUUUGUUAAAGAUAUUGUGUUUCUCAGCUCUGAGCUCCCAUUACUAUAAUUUCCAUCUUAACAGCCACUGCCUGAUUGCAGAGGCAAUGAAAGUUUGGACUGAACAAUCUAAAAUCAUCAUCUCAAUGCUUUUUUGAAAUGAUCUAUCAAAAACUGUACAGUAUACAGUCACAGCGGUGACAUAUUUCAAUACUAUCAUGGAGACACAGCGGGCAAUAUAUGUGUGUUAGGUGUGUGCGUGCGUGCUUUCACAUAUGUCAUAUGGGAAAUUGUGCUUUCCUUUGCAAACCCUGUGUGUCUGUCAUUAUACAGAGAUCAGUGAUGUCAUUUGUGUGUGUGUGUGUGUGUGUGUGUGUGUGUGCGUGUGUGUGUCUGUGUGUGUGCAUGCAGCUUGCUGUGUGGUGUUUUAUUUUUUCUAAAUGACAUCCUCAGCAUGAAGACAUCAUAAUGGACAAAAUAUCAUGGCACACAUCAGGGACGAUGCACACAGUGUGAUUGUCUAUUUCUCUGUCAUCGCUCCUUCCUCUUUAAAUAGUCUUUCAAUAGUAACAGGCUUCCAAAGACUCACUUAGACACAGCUUUGCGUGGUUCUGGAAUACAUAUAAAUACAUUGUAUUGUACAUUUUCUAUCACAUUUUAUAAAACUGUUUCUUUUAUCAUUGUACAAAGUGCAAAUGUAGUAUUACAAAUUAGAAUAUGAUCAGUGUACAGCCAGAGAGUUUCUUAGUUUGGUUGGAAAUUAAAAAUGUUAUUUAAAAUCUAUACAGAUAUGAAUAUUAUUGGUUAUGGAAGUGUUUCAAAGAGAAUAUGAUUGUAAAAGUAGAAGGUAUAAAUAUAUUUCUGGGGGCAUGAUUUGCUAAGAAAUGGAUUCCUGUCUUGCAAAAUAAGCAACUGGAGUCAAACUUCAGUGUUCCAGUGGAUUUCAAGAGUGACUUUUGCACCCAGGAAGGAAAAAACAGCAAACCUGGAAACGUGGCACAGGACAAUAGCUAAAACUAGUUUCAAUGUGACCCAAAGGCCCAGAGGCAAGGGCUUAAUUUUGAUUUCACCUGUAAAUUUAUGAGGCUUCACACUCACCUUGGGAAGAAGCUGGUCAUCUGCUAUCUUACUGGACACACUUAACAUUUGCAAUUUUAACAUCCUGGAGAAAAAAAGGUGUUUUUUGUAGAGCAACCAAGGUGUUGAGGGUUGAGCUGUUUGACCCAAUCUGAACUUCAGGGGUCGCGAUUAACGUGUGGACUUAAAACAAAAUCAGCAAACAAAAAAAGACCAAAAAAGAAAAAAAAAAGAAAAAUCAGUAGCCUGCUGCAAGUGUUAAAUGUACAUACAAGUGUUCAUUUUUCAUUUGCUUAUGUAUAUAGAUGUUCAUUGUGUAUUCAUUCACUGUGGCUUGUGGCUUCUCUUACAAUAGGAAAAAUAAAUUUAACAGUCUAUUGUUUGCAUUGUAUAUAUCUAUGAUAAUACAUUAUAUGUAAUUCGGAUGUGGUACAUUUGAAAUGUACAUACACGUCUUUAAUAGCUACUAUCUGAAUGUUUCUCCCCCCUAAAGAAUCCCUCAUUUAUCCCCCCCCCACUAUGAUACUUCCUGUACAGUAACAAUGGUAUUGAUUUCCUUUUUGAUGCAUUCUUGAUUGAUUAUUUGUUCUGGACAAUGGAUCUGAGUGUUACUAUCGCUGGCCACCUACGACACUGUAAGAUGAGCUGCAUUAAGUGGUGUCAUUGUGCCAUAUUCUCACAGAAUAAAAUUCAAAUAAAAAUAUAUCAAAAUGUG